AAAACCCAAAAGCUUAUCCACCUUGUCAUCACUACUGAAUUUUUAAUACUUUUUUAUACUGCAACAUUGAAAAUGAUCAAUCAGAUUAGGAUACACAAGAAAAGCCUUUGGAAGGAUUUGGGAAAACUGACAUACAGAUUUGGAAACCCUGUUUCAGUACAGACAUUAAAAAAGGCCCAUGCCCAUCCAUAACCACUCUAUCUCUAUGCUACUCCCUUCCAAACUAUAAGUUCAUAGCCAAAAGAAAUACAAAAAGAACACAAAAUUUUCUUGUUCUUAUAGGAUGUUUUCCAAAGGUGAUAAGUUUAAGAUUUUCAGCCUUCCUCUGAAUCAAUUCUGUGCCAUCUUUUUACAUCUAAUUUUUGUGUUCUCUGAUGCCAAAGCACAAUCUUUAGCCCAGGAUUUACCAUCAACUUCAGAGACUUCUUCUACAGGCCAGCCAAGCCUUGCUGUUGUUCUAGGAAUUCUAUGCUGUAUUAUGUCCGGCUUGACAUUUAUUCUUCUUGCAUACAUGAAAUUCUGCCAAAGAAGAACAUCUUCUGGUCGAGGACUUCCACAGAACCAGCAGGGAAUAUUUGGCAGAAGCUCUCGGUUUUCUGGGAUUGAUAAGACAGUGAUUGAGUCACUUCCGUUCUUCAGAUUCUCUGCUUUAAAAGGUUCAAAGGAAGGCCUGGAAUGUGCAGUCUGUCUAUCAAAGUUUGAAGAUGUUGAAAUUCUCCGGUUGCUACCGAAAUGCAAGCAUGCGUUUCAUAUUGACUGCAUUGAUUAUUGGCUUGAGAAACACUCAACCUGUCCUCUUUGCAGGCAGAGGGUUAGCUCCGAGGACUUAAAACUCAUUGCCUACUCAAACAGCAUGAGGUACUUGUGGAAUGAUCAAUCAGAGCCUAGAGAUGAAUCAAACAUGGAGAUUUUUGUCCAAAGAGAGGAAGGUCAUCGCGGAUCCUCAAGAUUCAGCAUAGGAAGAAGCUCUCGAAAGAUCGAAAAGGAAUUGAAGUUAUUAAUUCAAGAAGAGGAUGAUGCUAAAAGCAGUGAGGACAAUGAAAUCUUCCAUAAGCAGAACCAUAAGAUUCUUGUAUCAAACUUUGUUUUCAAGCAGAGAUGGAGCAGUGUGAGUUCCUCUGAUAUCAUGUUCUUGAACUCGGAGAUGCUUAACCAUUUCACAAGCAACAGGUUCUCUUCUAUGGAUUCAAAUCAGAAGCAGCUUCCAACCUCAGGGGAAAUCGAAGAUGAGGAAAAUAUGAAGAUUUUCGAGGACAUGGAGGCGAAGAGGUUAUACGACAGCCAGGAUAGCAGUAGCACAACCAACAAAACAAGUACUUCCGUUUCGAUCCCAGAUUCAAGUUCAAGUCAUACAUCAAUUUCCAUGAUUCAUGAAGGUGAAAAGAGGUCCAUGUCAGAAAUCACUGCUCUUUCAAGGAAUAGAAAAUUGGGUAUGAAGAACAACAGCCUUUUGAAUUCUUCUCUGUCUGGAAACACUGUGAGAGAGGAUAGAAUGAGGCAGCUUUGGCUUUCAAUUGCCAGAAGAACAAUCCAAUGGUUUGGCAGCAGAGAAAAAGGGCCUAAAGAGUCUCAGAACAUACAGAGGCCGCUGGAUGUAUAAACUGGACUUAUACAUGUUCCAUGUUUUCUCAUAUCCAAGACUCUUGCAUAAUUUUGAAGUUUUGAAAUUCCUCAUAUUCAUUUGAUGUCAGGUGGGAUCUGGGAAUCAUGGUAAAGGAAAACAUACCUUGUAGAGUUUAAAAGUUUAGGUAGAAUUGUUGGAAGGAUACAAUACAAUUCUAUGAGGAACAUGCAUAUAAACACCUUUAUUUUCUUUCAAUUAUUAUGCUUACACUUUUUUUUUUUUUCUUUUUUUAUAACAUGCUUGUAAAUUGGAGUAUGUACAUAUAUUUAUAUAUAUGUUCCUUUCAAGCUGGUUUAAGAAGGGGAAGUUUACUUAUGAAGUACUUUUGUUUUGGUGUUGAGAAUAUGCAUACAGCAUUUCUGAAUUCCUAAGGAAUAAGGCAUAACCAUGUAUACACGGGUACGCUAUUUCUAUCAUAUUAUAUUUUGAUCAGACUGCAUUUCUUGUUGAAUUGUACAAUACCAUGGAUUAGUUCUUCUCUGUUUGCUUUUGCUUAGAAAAUGAAUUCCUAAAUUAAGGAGAUAUAAAUAAAAAUAUAAUUGCCAGUUUGGUCGCCCUGCCCUUCUUAACUAUUCAGGUAUUUUCCAUUUUUGAUAAAUAUGUAAUA